AUGAUGGAUUUGCAUUUGAAGAAUUUGUAUGGUAGAUUUCAGGAGCAAUUUGGUUCUGGUCCUGGGCUUGGUCCUGGAUCAGGGACGUGUCUAAUGAAGAUAGAGGGAGUUUCUCCUAAUUUCAUUAAGUCUAUAUAUAAAGGUUCUGCUACUCUUUAUAGAACUGAACCAUGGAAAAGAUUGCGUCCGGGGCAUGUUUUUGGUAUCCGGGUUGGGAAGGAUUCGGAUUGGUCUGGCAAGAAACAGCCUUUUCCUUGUGUUCAGUUUGUAGGAGGUGAUGGUGGUGAUGUUGGGUUUCAUAUGUUCCGAUCUGAAAGUGACGCUAAGAAAAUGACUGGAUCGAGGGAGACAAUUCGUGUUCCGAAUAUUGAGCUUUUGAGGGUCACAUAUGAGCCCGAGUCUUUGAUGUUUCCUUCAAAUAAGAGAAUGAUCAAGUCUUUGUCAUUGGAAGCGUCGGGUACUGAUAGGUUUCCUGUCAUUGAUGUUGCACGCUGUAUGUCUUCUUUUGAGCUUCAGUUUAGGAAUCCUACAGUUGAAGAGCUUAGGUUUGUGUAUGCGUUCAUGAUAGCUAUUUCUCUUGUGCAUCCAUUACUCCAGGAAGAUAAAGAAGGUGCUCCAAAAUGGUCAAGGCUGAUGUAUUUUGAACCAUUUAUUGAGACUGUGGAUGUUCAAUGGCCUCCAGAAAUGGCCAAGGGUCAUGACCUUGUUGCAGUUACUGUCUCCCAUCCGCCUGGCCAGGCAUAUGUGGAAAAGGCGAGCUCGACAGGUAGUUCAACACCCACCAAGUAUGCUGAACCACCGAGGGAGGAGAUCUUUGUUGAUGUAAGAGUAAAUUCAAAUGGCAUCUUGAGGCAGUGUACAUUGUGCGAGAAAGAAGUUCAUGGAGACCAGUCUCAAUGUUGUGCACAGUGUCGUGCUGUGGUCUAUUGCAGUUCUCUGUGCCAGAAGCAGCACUGGAAGACACAUAAAAGCAUGUGUGGUCUUUACAAGGCUAUGAUGGAAAGGGAAGAAGAGCUGGCAAUGAAAAUCUUUUUGUUCCCAUGUUCUGCUGACCAGCCUUGUAAAUGGCUUGAGUCAUUGGGCAUCCAUCGAAAAGGCAUGUGGAGAAGGAAGUGUGGUUGCUAUGCCCACUGCCCUUUUGGUCUCCUUCCUAUCAAAGGUGGGCUUUGGGACUCAUGGGGUGGGCUGGAUGACGAGGAGUACCCUCGUGAUUCCCCUUUUCACAACCAUAUGAGAGAUGGGAUAUCAAGCCCAAUCCUUCUUUCUGGUUGGUCAGAGUACUAUAAUCUUCGGUCACUACCAUUAUCAAGCCCUGUUGCUGACAUUCUCUCUCACCCAUUAACAGUUUAUUACAUAUUAACUGCUCUUAAUAUCAGUUCGAAGAACCUCUUACUCAAAGGGAAAGAGGUGAUUGUUCACUACCUUGGUCCUGAAGGGGAGUUAGAUUGGAUGCCUGCAUUUGCAGAGAUUGGCCAUAUGCUCAAUGGAUCGGGUAAUAUACAUGUUGUAAUGGUGGGACCUGAAGUUCCAACUAACUUGUCGGGCACAACUUCAGGAAUUAGUAGUAGAGUGAGGGUGAAUCUUGUGAGGGGCAUUUAUCAGGAUGAAGCCACCUAUCUGCCUUACCCGCAUGUCAUAGUUGCAUUGAACUGUGGAGCGGAGAGCUAUUCAGCUUGGGGUGGAGCACUUGAAUUGAUAAAGUCUAGAGGUGUUCCAGCCUUCUUCACAGAGCAGUCUGAAAUUUCAUGUGCAAAUGCUAAGCAGGUUCUUCGUGGAGCCGGACUACACAUUACCCAUCCGGUGACACCAAAUCCUUUCCGCUCUCCAGUCAAGACUCAUGGUCUUUCUAACAAUCUUCCUUCGUAUAGCAAUGGUUUUGUGCUUGGGGUGAAUACAUGA